AUGAAGUCCAACGUCAUUAUCAUGGCUCUGCCCGCCACGGUUGUCGCUGUCAACCUUGAGCCUCGCCAGACCGUUCACACUGCCCUUCCGGCCUGGCCCCCCACCGGCACUCAGGCCUUUGAGACUGCAUGCUCCAGCGCGCUCAACAUCAUCGAGACGUCCCAGCCCCAGCUCCCGAGCGAGCUCAAGUCCAUCAUCAGCGCCGCCUCUGCCGGCACCCACCUCUGCAGCGCCUACACGCAGACACCCAUCAUCCCCGAGUCGCUGUCUUCGACUUACAUUGCGGUCCUCGACCAGCAGAGGUCGUGGUCCACGGCGGCCGACAACAAGAAGCUGAUUUCCUCGGCCAGCGAGGUCUGCUCCGAGGCAAGCGCUAGCUCGCUCGCCUCGUUCCAGGCCAUCGACCGCUCUUGCGUCGCGGCGAGCGCCACUGCGGUGACCUCGGCUGCCAGCACCGGAGGAGUGCCCAUCGUGGCUGCCAGGAGCAUGGGGACCACCACCACCACCGGUGCGGUGCCGAUUGCUACGGCCGGAGCUGGGCGUCGUGAGGUUGGAAGCAUCCUUAUCGUUGGUGCCGUCCUUUUCGCUGGAAUGUUUAUGUGA